AUUAUUGGCAAUAUAAUGCCUUUUAUCUAUUCUUUAGGCUUCAAUGUGGAGAAGGUCCAGUAUAAAAAUGUGGUAUUUACAGUCUGGGAUGUUGGUGGACAAGAAAAAUUAAGGCCUUUAUGGAGGCAUUACUUUAGCAACACUGAUGCACUGAUCUAUGUUGUGGAUUCGUUGGAUAGGGAAAGGAUCGGAAAAGCUAGAGAAGAAUUUCAGACUAUUAUCCGCGAUCCAUUCAUGUUGAACAGUGUCAUAUUAGUAUUUGCCAAUAAGCAGGACUUGAAAGGUGCAAUGACGCCAAUGGAGGUAUCCGAAGGGUUGGGUCUUUACGAUCUGCGGAACCGAACAUGGCACAUCCAGGGAACCUGUGCCCUCGCCGGGGAUGGUCUCUACGAAGGACUCGACUGGUUAGUCACAGCUUUGAAGGAGUUACAAGUCCCAGGGCGACAUUUAACUUGAUCCAUCUCGACUCCUCAGCUACCUUAAGAAUCUUAAGAUCGACUCAUUCGAAGAUGACUGUAUAUUUUCUUCUCUCUUUUCCCUCAUAAAUGUCUUUUUGGAUUGUAGGAAAUGUAGACUGAUUCACAAGUCAUGGAUUCAUGUGAUGCUAUAAGUUGUGAUUUUAUUUUCCUUUUUUUUUUUACAUGUUAAAAGAAUUAAUCAUAAUCCAUUUUAUUUCUUGAUGA